AUGGAUGGGCUCGCCGAACGUGGCAUCUUUGGACCCGCAGCCGAGGGUGGCCAGCUCGAUGUGAUACAUGUGCCUGACAUCUUUGGAUCCGCAGACGAGGGUGGCGAGCUGGAUGGGCUCGCCGAACGUGGCAUCUUUGGAUCCGCAGGCGAGCAGCUAGAUGAGCUAGAUGAGAAGGAACUGUUUGGAGAUUACUCUGUAGAUGACUUGCGAACAUGGGAUGGUCGUGCGAAACGCUGGGUCAGCAAGCUGCAGAACAUUGACGCAAAGGAUGUGUUUUGCUACAACAUAUUCCAGGACUUUCCUGCUGACGUCCUCCAUGUAUUCCUCAUGCUGGUGGGACCAAAAAAGUGGUGGCUUUUCACCCAGUCGUCCUCAAUUCUGCGUGACGUGAUGGCGAUUCAGCUGCCAAACUUACUGCUGCAGUCGAAAGACUUCGAGCGAUCUGUUCGAGGAAGUUAUACUGGUGUUGUGCGAGAGAUGUUGGAGAAGGAGCCUGAAAAAUGCGAAGCUGCCAUUCGCUUGGCCCGCUGCCCCAGCGCUGGCAUGCCUCUUGCCGACGACCACAUGAACCCGAAUGCAGAUAUGGUGCGUAUCAUUCUGAAUGCCGCCCGAAGUCACCGCAUCUCCUUGAGCACCGAUGCGUUGCAUGCAGUGUUUCUGCCGGUUGCUUGCCACGUUGGCGAUGUGGGGCUCGCAUCAGCCCUCGUAGCAGCAGGAGCAGACCCAAUACAUUGGCAGCAGGACCAGAACGGCAUGCCAUUCGCAACGCCCCUCUUGUGA